UUCAAAAGCGCUCACCAGCCGCACUGCGACCUCCGUCUUUAUUGGCAUGUCUUCUUUCAGCAUCGGACGGCCGACUGGAUGGCUUUGCAAGCGUUCCACCGAUGCCGAUCCGAGGCUGGAAAGAGAGAUGACAAUAAUUACGCUCUUUUAAGUGUAAGUAAUCCCGAUGGGACUCGUUACGAUGCAAGAGCAUAUGCCUCCUCCGGAAAUGGAAGUGGAAUCAAUUCAGGCAAGAUCUCGAAACAAUACUUAAAUGCGAAAAAUGAAGAAAAGUAUACACUGGCCCAGUGUAGUCACAAAGAAAGAACAAGACAGACGCAAAUGUGCUCCCAACUCUGCUCAACUGGUCUGGAGCCAAUGGGCAGACUCGCGGAGCACAGUCGAAAGACGCAGGUCGUCUUUCCACGCCGAGACGAUCAGUGCCCAUCUGGCCCUGACGACCAAGGUCUACAAAACGAUCGUUUCUGCGGCCGGAUACUCGUCGGGCUAGCGCAGAGUCCGACUCAGCCUCAUUCUUCUUCGAGUCACCCUGUACUUUUGUUUUGCAUUUUCCACACAGUCGGUGCCUUCUUCCUCAUCUUCUGUCUCCUCCUGCUGGGCCUCGUCAUCGGCGCCGGUCUGCUCUUCGCCUUCAAUAAAAGCACCAGGACCUACUACUCGAGGUUCAUUUGA